CAUCUGUCUUCUGGCAACACAAGCACACUGUCGUGAACUGUUGGUCGAGUGGGAGGCCGAUAGGUGGGUCAUUGAUUUCUUCAGUAUGGCAGGAAUAAAUAAAGCUGUUGGGAAGCUUCUGCAGCAUGAAGGUUUUCAGCGGCCAUACAAAUGCCUGUUCCACGUAACAGCAUGUUGUCAGAAAGUGCAGGCUGGUCGGUACAGGAAAUCCCCAAAGGGCGACAAACCUCUUACUUAUGAAAUGGCUAAUCCACCAUUUUACAUUGCUCAUAGGAAAUCUUGGAACUCUUGGAAUACAUCUAAUCUUGAAGGUGGCUUGCGGCCAGCAGAGACUGCCUUAGAAGAUCUUUUCAUCCGCAGAUUUAUGACUGGUACAUGGCAUAAUUUAUUUGAAUCUGAAGUCAUUAUAAAACGUCAGCACAACAUAAUUCGAAUAGCAGGUAUUAUUCGUCAAGCUAUCAGUUCAAGGAAGAUGUAUUUCCUUAUUGGUUACUGUGAAGAAAUGCUCAGUUUUUGGCUUCAGUGUCCAGUAAAACUUGAAUUACAGACUGUAGCAGAAAAGAAAGAUGUUGUCUUUAAAUACAUUUAAUGAUUCGAAACAUGUUUCUGCAUCGAUUGGAACUAUUCAUACACUGAUUAACUACGUAAGGAAGGCUGUAAAACAGUAAUCAUUAAUAAACAUAUAUGGCUUCUUUCAUGGUGACUGAACUUGAUAAAAUCCUCUCAGGCAACAAGCUAUAUCAUUUCUGGGCAGAAGCCCAACGUUUCGGAAAACUCUGCCUCCAUCAUCAGAGGAAUGAUGUGAUCUGUCAUCUCCCUGAUGGAGGCAGAGUCUUAAAUAAAUUACAUUUAUAUUAAAAAUUUCUGCAAGCAUUUAGUCUUCAGCUGAAACUACAUGGGAAAAAUUUUGUAACAUUUUCCUUAUCUCCAAACACUAAGGAAUCUAAUAUCAGUCAAAUCAUCCCUCUAAAACAAUUGAAUCUGUAAAGAUGAACAUAAAUCAGUGAAACUGGGGAUUAUGUGAUCUGAAAGUUAUUCAAAAAGUUAUUUGAAAAACAAUCAUUUAUCACUUUUAAUUUUAAAUGCCCUCCUAUUAAUAAAACCAUUGUUGUAUUUUCAUAAAUGUUUGUUUACAUGUUCUGAAUUCGCCAACAUUUUGUAGCUGUCUGACGUUACUCAGAUUCAUUGUAUCCUGAUAAUCUCAGAUCUUUUAUUUUAAAUGUCAUUUAUGGACUAUGUACAUGAUUGUUAAUGUUAUAAUAUUAAAAUGACAUUUCAAACUACAGAGGACUUCUGUUGUAGUUGCAAAAAUUGGACCAAGUGGUAGGGCAGUACAUCAUAAAACUGGUUAAGUCUGAGUAGCCUUGUUCAUUCUAAGAAACAAUCAAUAAAUAACAAUCAAAAUACA